GGAGGCCAAAGCAAGCUACAUGCUUUCUCUUGAAUCCCGGGAACAAGGCUAAAGUUAAUUCAUGAGGAAACACAGAUGGAGCAAGCAUUUCUACACGUGGGGGGCCUGUCUUAACCCUUCCUGGUUUCUAUUUUCAGUCAUGAGGCUGUAGGACUGUGACAACAUUUAAGCUUUGGCUGUACAGUUACCAGGCUUCCUGGUAGGUGGACAAUCCCUGCUGUGGUAAUCCCCUCGUUGGAAGGAGCCAGGAUUUAGGAUGGUGUUGACCUAGAUGUAGCAGGCAGGAUACUGAAGGGGAAAGCUGCAGGAGACGACGUAUUUUCGUGCAAACGGGGGGUUUUUGCACAUUCACUGUCUACGCCGUGUGUGGCACAGGGUACUGCUAAGGGCUGAGGAAUUUGCGACCCGCCCACUCUGGAUCCCUCGGCGGCCCAGGAGGGCAACCGCUAAAAAGUCCCGCAGAGGCCGCCGGAAGCGGUCCGUUUCCAUAAAGCGAUCCCCAGCCCUACUCCUUCCGGGCCAGAGGGAACCAUGGCGGCGGCUUUAGCUCGGCUCGGACUGCGGCCGGUCAAGCUGGUUCGAGUUCAGUUCUGCCCGUUUGAGAAGAACGUGGAGGCGACAAGGACCUUUCUCCAGGCGGUGAGCAGCGAAAAAGUCCGUGCCACGAACCUCAACUGUUCGGUGAUCGCCGACGUGAGGCACGACGGCUCCGAGCCCUGCGUGGACGUGUUGUUCGGAGAUGGGUAUCGGCUGAUUAUGCGGGGCGCCCACCUCACCGCUCAGGAAAUGUUCACUGCCUUGGCCUCCCACAUCCGGGUCAGGAACGCAGCGGCAGCCGCGGCAGCAUCGGGAUCCAGCGCAGACAAGCCCGGCGCAGUUACUGGUACCCGGCGCUGACAUUGCUUAAGAGUCCAACAACCGAAUGUUAGCUUGGAACUAAAGACAGUUGUCUAAGAAGAACUGGGCUUAAUCACUCACAACGCUGCGUGGAGGUCACGAAACAGACUGAUGGUUCAAGGAAACCUGACACUUACCAGUGCUUUGGGGGCAACAUAAGUAAGAUUAGGUGGUGGAGGGUCAGGACAAAUUUGAAUUUUUCUUUCUCCUCUUCCCUCACAGCUUAACCAUAUUUGAGUUUGGCUUCAUCUGUUACCCAAGUACCUUUUAAUUAAAUAUUUAUUGCCAAAUGAA